AUGCAGCCGCCGAGUUUAACGACUGCGGCGACGGUUGCUUUCGUUGCAUAUUUCAUGUACUCUAUGUGGGGCUUGGCAAAGAUGUUCUGGCCGCCAGAAUGUCCAGCGUCGGAGAAGUGCAUGAAGUCUUGUCUGAAUGAAGAACCGGAUUAUCAAGUCGCCUUUGUAACUUCAGUGUACGAGAAUUUGAACAUUCAGCGGAGAGAUAUUCGGCUUCUUGAUCACUGGGCUUCGUUCGAUUACUCCCAACCGUUUGAAAAGGAACUUAAUAUAACCUUGCCGGAAGCCACCCGCAAAAAUGGUACCAUGUUUUUGCACAUAUUCUUCGUUCCGGUUCAGAAGUCGGACAAAAAUCUCGGUCAAGAAAGUGUCGAUGGUGUGCUGAGGAAGGCUAGUCGACCUAACACAGCCUACCUGAGUUACCCCUUGAUUUUGCAUCGUGAACCGGAUCCGGAAGCCUUUCAACUCCUGGGAUCAGAAAAGAAGCCCGAUAAGAAACCCUCAGCGGAAGUUGUCCAACCGGUGUCGCACUUCAAGCCGACUUUGACAUUCAACGUCGUCACUGAGAAGUUCCUCUUGCCAGUGGUGGGAUUACCGCAGGACGUGGCGGUGAUGAUCAGUUAUCCCCGAUCCGAUCCUCUGAGUAUACCGCCUUUACUGUCUGUGGACUUUUCCGGCGAUCGUCUAGCUUCUCAAGUUCGAGUCAAUACUUCCAUGUUGACGCAUCCGUUCACGUUGAAGUACGCGCCGAUUUCGUUCGGGAAGUUCCGUGUUUGGCGACAAUUUGAGCUGAGUCUGAUCACGCUGAAGGGAUUCGGGUUUGGUGCGAAAGACGUUGAUGAGGUGAAAUCAAUCUUCGAAAUGAACCCGACGUUGUUGUUCGUUACGAUGUUCGUCUCUGUAUGUCACCUGGUGUUCGACUUUUUGGCUUUCAAAAACGACGUUGAAUUCUGGCGUGGGAGAAGGAAUAUUGUCGGAGUCUCUACUCGUGCACUCAUAUGGAGAGCUUUCUCACAGGCUGUUGUUUUUGUGUAUCUUUGGAGCGAAGAAUCCAGUUUGUUGAUAUGGAUUCCGUCCGGAAUCGCGGCGGUCAUAGAACUUUGGAAGCUGACGAAGGCGUUCAAGAUUGAGCUGAACUUGAGGUCUUUUAGUGUCAAGUUUGGUGUGCGCUCUUCAGAUGAAGAGAAGAGCUCGAAAAUGGACAAGAUGGGCAUGACUUACCUGGGAUACCUUCUGGCUCCACUUGUCGUGGGUUAUUCCAUCUAUUCCCUGCUGUACACACCGCACAAGAGCUGGGGAUCGUGGGUAAUGCAAGUCCUCGUCGGGUUCGUGUACGGCUUUGGAUUCUUGUUCAUGUUUCCGCAACUGUUCCUCAACUAUCAGUUGAAAUCCGUGGCCCAUCUUCCUUGGCGGGCGUUUACUUACAAGGCAUUCAAUACCUUCAUCGAUGAUCUCUUCGCCUUUGUGAUCACCAUGCCAACAUUGCAUCGCGUGGCUUGCUUUAGGGACGACGUCGUGUUCCUCAUCUAUUUAUAUCAGCGAUGGUGA